UGGCUUCCGACUUCUGUCACUGCCCUUCAUAUCACAGACAUGGCGGCCUCCGGGAGCAGCGGACGGGCUGGAGGAGAUCUACUGAAAGCCCUUCCCCGAGUUACACUAGCCAACCUCAGACCUAACCCUGGAGCCAGGCAGAGAGAGAGAAGAAGAGGACGAGGUAUUCAUGGUGGUCGAAAAUGCGGCCGAGGUCAUAAAGGAGAGAGACAACGAGGAAACAGGCCGCGUUUAGGCUUUGAAGGAGGGCAAACGCCUUUUUAUUUGAGGAUUCCUAAAUACACUUUCAAUGAAGGUCACAGCUUCCGUCGCCAGUAUCCUCCUCUCAGUCUGAACCGUCUCCAGUACCUUAUUGAUCUGGGAAGGGUAGAUCCCACACAGCCAAUUGAUUUAACACAGUUGGUCAAUGCGAGAGGAGUCAGAAUUCAGCCUUUAAAGAGGGACUAUGGUGUCCAACUGGUGGAAGAGGGAGUAGAUACUUUUUCAGCUAAAAUUAAUAUUGAAGUUCAGUGGGCUUCUGAACUGGCUAUUGCAGCAAUAGAAAAAAAUGGCGGUGUCAUAACUACGUGCUUUUAUGACCCAAUGAGCCUUGAGGUACUUUGCAAACCUGUUCCAUUUUUCAUGCGUGGGAAGCCAAUACCUAAAAGGAUGCUGCCCCCAGAGGACUUGGUGAAGUAUUAUACAAAUGCUGAAAAUCGUGGGUAUCUGGCAGAUCCAGUAAAAGUUUUGGAAGCUAGGAAGUUGCUCGCUAAGAAAUAUGGCUAUAUUCUCCCUGACAUUACCAAAGAUGAACUAUAUCAUAUGCUUUGCACGCGCAAGGACCCUCGUCAGAUAUUCUUUGGGCUAGCUCCAGGAUGGGUGGUGAAUAUGUCUGAAAAGAAGAUCUUAAAGCCCACAGACGAGCAGUUGCUUAAAUAUUAUAGUUCGUGAUUGCAGGAUCAACAACUUAUUGUGCUCUCCCUGUAGUGCAACAGUGAUUGUACUUUUUGUAUAAAAAUAAAUAUCAUUUAAAUACAAA